AUGGGGCACGCCAAGCGCUGGCAGUGCCCAUUCAGCCCCGAGGCGGUCUCGUAUCCGUUCAUGCCCCAACAGCCCAUCACGAACGGGCACAUGCGAAUGCCGUUCCCACACCAACAGCCCUUCGUGCCCAGCUCCCAAUCCAUGAUCCCACCGAUGCCAAAGUCCACUCCAAGCUUCACAGAACUCUACGAGCGUCAAAGCCCGGCAUUCCUUUCCCAGCCAAUGCUGGCACCAAAUCCGAGCCAAGGCUUUCCGUCACCCAUGGACUCCAGGAUCUAUCCCCUCUCUACCAACGGCCUCUAUCCUACCGAAGGACCGAACAUGGCUUCAUCGUUCGGCCCGCCCUCGACGGAACCAGCCAAUACCGCUGACCGAUACAUAUCGGACAUAUCACCGGCGCUCCAGGGCGACGGCAGUGUCAAGAUUGAGCGAGCCAGCUCACCGGCUCAUUCUCCGAGUCUCUCGAAGCACUCGGGCUUCUCCUCGGCAUCACCCGUCGAACAUGCUCAGAACUUUUCAUCCAAUGACACGCUCAGGAAUCGGGACCAUAGCGACGAGAACGAUGAUCACGAUCACGAGUCUCACGACUCAAUGAACUGUGAUCCCGAGACCCUCAAGCGCAUCAGAAACACUGAAGCAGCGCGACGAUCAAGGGCCCGGAAGAACCAACGGAUUCAGGUUCUUGAGGACCGGGUCCAGGCGCUUCAGAGCGAAAAGUCCGGCAUCAUUCUCCGACUUGCGGUUCUGGAGUCUGAUAAAGCCUCGUGGGAUCGCAAGCAGCGCGAGUACACUGAGCGGAUUGCCAAGCUCGAGUCGCAGGUGAUGGAAGCGCACCGGACGAUCGCCAGCAUGGGCCGCGGCCAUGGAUAA